AUGCUCGCCAAGAGCGCCCACAUCCGAGCCCCAUACCCCGGUCCCCACCAGCCACUGCCGGGUGAGCCUUAUCUCACCACCGCUAUCCUUGAGUCCAUGCGACUCUUCCGCUCGGCAGGCGAUGGUACACACCACUGGACCGUGGGUCAAAAUCAUGAUCCCAAGCUCCUCAUCACACCAGAAAAUAAAGGCAUUCUUGAUUUCCGAAAUCCCAUUCAUAUGACUGAUUGGCAAAUCAUUCCAUACAUCUUCCCCCACUCUUAUUCCACCGAGGUCGAUGAGCAAAGCAAGAAAACGAGGAAGAAGGUGAUGAUGAUGAAGAAGAGGAGGAGCCUCACCAUGCUUCUCCCACCGGUGGUGGCAGCUCAUCCCAUUUUGCUGCACCCCCGCCUUAUCAUCAACAAUAUAUGGACGAAUUCCAAUCAAUCCAUACCCGCCUCGACACCUAUCAGCAGGAUAUUACCAGCCUGA